AAUUUCCAGGCCACUUCCACCGGGGGCGGACGAAGACUACAAGUUACGGGUUCAUCCGAACUCAAUAUUUUGACUCGGAGGAACGUAAUAUAUGUAUUGAAAAAUCACUAAAUACGUACAAAUAAUUUUUUGAACCCCAUAAAACAAAUGAGUUCUAAUACAAUCCCGAACAUUAACUAGUAAGUAUUAAAGUUUAAAUCCUGAAUCUGUUUAUAUUCCCAAGGCGGAGCCAGCCUUAAACUACGCGUUCGGCAGACCCAAUGACUUUCGCUCAAACCCUGUAUUUGUAUUGAAAAAAUUAUUAAAUAUAUAUAAAUCAUCUAUCCAAAACCCACUAAGCAAAAAGAACUGCAGUUCAGAAGCCAUAAACUAAAAAUCCUAGCUCCGCAUCUCUGAUUGUUCCACACUUUAUUGGAUGCUAAUAUAAUCUUAUGAUUGUUUUGAUGGAAAAUUUGAGGCAUAUAAGCUGUCAAGAUUAGUAUUAAUCGGCAGGACUAAAGACCCUUUCAAGUGUUUAAUCAGAAAAUAAUGAUUUAUGUACUGGCUAUUCAUAGAAAGACCAAGUCUAAGGUUCAACAUCGUACUAAAUGUCCUAUGAGAAACACAUGGAAGAGGGCAUUGUAAGUUGAGAUAGAAAUGGUACAAAUCAGAUCUGUAAAGCUCUAACUUUCCCCCUCUAGCCUAGUCUAAAUAAAACACAGUUUACACUUCACUUCCUGUAGCAACCAAAAGCCAAGAAAGGACUAAAAGGAUACUAAAUCAAGAAUGCAAUCACCUUGUUUCAAGUGUAUUUGCUGCCAGAAUUCCUAUAGAGAGUCAAAUCCCACCUCUAAAAUCAGCAUAAUCAUCACUUGCCAUCGUGAAUUCAUCGAUGCAAUGGCUUCUGCCAUCCAGCCAAAUUCUCAAUUCACUAACCAUGAGUGUUUGCCUUCAUGUUUAGAAUUGUUUAGCAACUUAAAAGAAGCAUAUCCACACUACUGUCAGACUAAUGUUGCUGAUGAAAUCCGAGCACACGAAUACUAUCACCUUUCUCUUUCGAAGCACGUAUGUCUUGAUUACAUUGGCAAUGGCCUUUUUUCAUACUACCAACAACACGGGCAUCAUCAUCCAGCAGACGAUUCAAUCGCCUCUUCGUCAUCAGCUCCUCCUCCUCCUACUCAACAAUUUGCUUCUCCCAACGAGCCUUUCUUUAAUAUUUCGUACAAGUCAGUGAAUUUGAGUACUCAGUUACUCUACAGAGGCCAAGAGUCCGACUUAGAAUGUAAUAUGAGGAAAAGGAUUAUGAAAUACAUGAACAUCUCUAAGUCUGACUAUUCUAUGGUAUUUACAGCUAACCAGUCUUCUGCUUUUAAGCUUUUAGCAGACUCAUAUCCAUUCGAGUCUAAUAACAACCUUGUUACAGUUUAUGAUUAUGAAAAUGAGGCAGUGGAAGGGAUGAUCGACAGCGCUAAGAAAAAAGGUGCUCGAGUAGUAUCAGCAGAGCUCUCAUGGCCUAAUUUGAGAAUCAAUUCAAGAAAAUUGAGAAAAAUGCUAGUUGCCAAAAAGAAUGGUAAUAAGAAGAGGGGAUUGUUUGUUUUUCCACUUCAGUCUAAAGUGACAGGCACAAAAUAUUCUUAUCAAUGGAUGAAUAUUGCACAAGAAAAUGGUUGGCAUGUCCUGUUUGAUGCUUCUGCAUUGGGUCCUAAAGACAUGGAAACAUUAGGCCUAUCUAUUUUUCAGCCUGAUUUUCUUAUUUGCUCAUUCUAUAAAGUGUUUGGUGAAAAUCCAUCUGGUUUUUGCUGUUUGUUUGUGAAAAAUUCAAGCAUAUCACAGCUCAACAAAUGUUCCACUAGUUUGGGCAUUAUUAGUCUUGUUCCAGUAGCGAAAUCAUUUGGAGAUAAAGAUGAUUUUGCUUCUUCUUCUUCAACUACAUCAGAAUCUGAUCAAGAAAUCAAACAAGUGUCUGAUCAAGAACCAGAGAAAAUAACCACAUUGUUCGAAAUAUUAAACUGGGGUAACAAAUCCAACAAGAAUAGAUGGAAGAAGGUUGAAUUCGAGACGAGUAUGAGUUCUGAUGAAUUGGAAUGUAGAGGGUUGGAUCAUGCUGAUAAACUAGGCCUGAUACUAACAAGUAGCAGAGCAAGAUACCAUAUAAAUUGGCUGAUAAACGCGUUAACGCGCCUUCAACAUCCACAUGCUGAAGAUAUUCAUCAUCCAUUAGUGAAAAUCUAUGGACCAAAGAUACAUUUCAAUAGAGGACAAGCUGUGGCAUUCAAUGUACUUGAUUGGAAAGGCCAAAAGAUUGAUCCAACACUAGUACAGAAGCUUGCCGAUCGGAACAACAUAUCGAUUUCUUGUGCGUGUUUGCAGCACAUAUGGUUUUCAAAAAUGUAUGAUGAUGAAAAAAAGACUAUCUUGGAGACUUUUAGAAGUGGUGACAAUAUUAAGAGGGGGAAAUUGAAUUGUGGUGUAUUAGUGAUCACUGUUUCAAUUGGGAUGAUGACAAACUUUGAAGAUUUGUAUAGGUUAUGGAGUUUUAUAGCUAGAUUUCUGGAUGCUGAUUUUGUUGAGAAAGAAAGAUGGAGAUACAAGGCACUUAAUCAAACAACUAUUGAGGUGUAGAUUGAAUUAUUAUUUUUUGUCACAACUCUCCAUUUAUUCUUUCAUUCUUUGUUUCUUAUAUAUUGAUUUGUGAAGUGAGGUCAAGUAGUGUUAAGAGGCAUUAUUAGUCAUCUGUCGCAAACUAUGUUAUUUGGGCUCUCCAAAAAUGAUAUCUUUCUCGUGUUUGAUCCUUCAAAAUUGUAUCUUUGGAGGAUCUGACACGUAUCCGGUGAUUUUUAAAGAGCCCGAGCAACAUAGGUUAACUCAUGUUGACAUUUUUAUCCAUUU